UUACGUUAGUUUUGCUUUACGGCCGUACCACGGACCUCCUGUUUUUAAAAAUCGCAGCGUUGUAAUUCGGUUACAAAUUUGCAUCCCGAUAAAGUGCAUUCGGUAUAUUUAAAACGAGAUGGGAGUAGCGGAUGAAACAGACAGGACUCUCUUUGUUGGAAAUUUGGAUCCAAAAGUGACGGAGGAACUUUUAUUCGAGCUAUUUUUACAGGCAGGACCUCUGUUCAAAGUGAAAAUCCCAAAAGACAAUGAUGGAAAACAGAAAGCGUUUGGAUUUGUCUGUUUCAAACAUGAGGUGUCCGUACCCUAUGGCAUGAACCUGCUCAAUGGGGAAACUCUAUUCGGAAGGACUCUCAAAGUACAGUUCAGAGCAGGAAGCAGUCACAUUAACAGUCCAGGGCACUCUCAUAAUCAAAGCCCUGUGAAUACUCCCAAUCCACAUGGGGCUGAGGGCAGGUUUGACAAGAGCCCAGACCAGAUGGGCUCCCCAUCAUUUUCACCCUCUCAGCACAUCCAGAGGUCCUUCUCCUCUCCUGAUAGUCUGCAGAGACAGGCCAUGAUGAACAACAUGUGGCAGCUCCAGAUGCAGCAGCUCCAGGGGGUGAAUGGAUGCUUCCCAGCUGGUCUUCUGGGGCAGCCACCACCACAACAGCUACAGCCACAGAGUGGUGGAGGUGGUGGGUCCUGGCAACUGGACAGCUCCUCACAGCGAGGCAACAGGCAGGGGUACCAGCAGGACAGCAGCAGCCACUACGGCAGGGACCAGCGGUACCCAGGAGGCUCUGAUGACACCGGUUCCAACCGCCACCACCGCAGCCAGCGAGAUGACCAGCGAGGUGAACACUAUAACCAUGACGACAGAAGUGGGAGCAGCGGAGGCAAUCGUAGCAGAGAUGACAGGUGGAGGGACGGCUCCAGAGAUGGCCGGUGGAGACGAUAAUGAAGCACUAUGGGAAUUUAAGAACAGAAUUGUGAAUAUUUUUCACUUUUUUUAAAGGACAUUUGAGUAUUUUACAGAUUUGUCACAUACUCUGUGUAAAUCAUAAUCAAAACAGAAUUAUGAAUUUAUAUUGAGAGAAACAUUUUCAUGCUUGAAAUGCAUUUUUAUUUUUUACAAUUGGUUAGUCAUGUGUUUAGGAUAUUGAAAAUAUUUAAAUGCACUGGACUGUGUCCAAGUAAACAAAAUAUUGAUUGGUUAUUUUAAAUUUACUUGUGAGGUUUUCCACAAUUGUUUUACUGUGAUUAAUUUUUGUUAAAAUUAAUUAGAGAUGAAAUAGAUUUUUAUUACCGUCCCCUGGGGAAUUGUUAUCAUUCUACCCUAUUAGUUAUAGCAUUUUGAAGGCAAGGUUUGUUUGAAAAGAUUUGCUGUGUUUGUCAAGUAUUGCUUUGAACAAUUCCUUUUAUACAAGGUAUGGUGCUCAACUGUUUUUAGUGGGAAAUUGCUCAGGUAUUCAGUAAAAAAAAAGUUUGGGAAUUAUUUUGGCAUGUUUCAGCUGUGUAAUCUAAUUCAACCAGCAACACUUACAUGCUGACCAGACCGGACACAUCGCGUGCGUCGCAAAAUAAAUUUAGAAAUUGUGUUAUUCAAUUAUUGCACCCACACUGCUCGCGUGUGCCAACGAGCUAAAAUAGAACUCCUUUCUAUUUCUGACGCAGAUCGUGCUGAAAGUGUUGCCUCCCAUCUUCUCAUUGGUUUAUAGAAGCAGGUACCUGUGUGCCAUCUCAUUGGUUAUAUCCACGUGGGUGAUUGAAAUACUGUUUUGCCAGUCAUCAUGGUAAUACUGUGAAAGUUUAGAUGCCAAUCACCAUAUAAUUUCAAAGAUGAAAAAGCCUGGAAGGAGAGAUGACUAGAAAUGAUUCGGCUGGCUGUUUUAUGUGUGGAUUAAUUGUAGGAGUACAGGUCCUUGUGCAUUUCAGGUAAAAUAACUCAAUGUUUAUAUCCCAGGACAAAUUAGUUAGCAAGUGGAAGCUAACUAGCUAAAUUGCCAUACAUGUUUAAUGGUUUUUGACCUGUCCCCAAAUUAAUGUAAUUGGUUCAGAGUUUGUUUUGAUAUUUUAACCUGCGUGUCGUGAUUGCAUUUGGUGUAGGGGAACAAAAUAAAUGUAUGCACGAUGGCGCACAAGUUCAGCCGGUUUGGGUUCCAUGUUACUGAGUAGGCUGAAAAUGGACUGGUUUUUAGAUUGUUACGUUAAAUGGAAAAUUUAUUUUACAUUAGUCUUUUUAUUAAUUUGAGAAUAGUAUUGUAAGAUACCCAACAGAUUCCAUGUACAUGUGAAACUAGAUCUUUUCAUGAAAUAUUAGCAUAAACAUUUGUCCACAC